GGAGCGUUGAAGGAACUGACGCUUGCGUCGUGUUAGCGCAUGUUAGCCAUUAAAGUAAAACUUCGUAAAACACCCGUUUCCUGACGCAAAGAAAGUUUAAUGGUGGACCUGAACGACUUCUGAAAGAAAGAAAAAAUGGAUGACCUGCCGCGCUCCAGCCUGCGCCUCCUGGUGCCUCCGCUGCAGCUGCACUCGGCUGCCAUGUUGCAGCUGCUGAAACACAAAGACGUGACGCACUACGGUGAGCUGGAGCGCUUUGUGUUGAUGGUGACCGAAGCGGUGCCGGGACUGAUGACCCACAAGGACCGAGCCCAACUCAUCCUGGGCCUGCGGGCCAGAGUGGUGCUGGAGCUCUGCAGGGACUCCAGACAAGGUUCCGUUCCAGACUCUCAGCAGGUCCAGGAGCACCUGGAGAGACUCCCAGUGACCUCACCGGGCAUCAGCGACGUGGACGCAGAGCUGAGGAUGACAGAGUCCACUUUCACGGCGCUGGUCCAGAGUCUCAUGAAGGACCCGUCUGAAAGAGCCUACUUCUUUCAGGAGGUGUUUCCGGUGCAGUACGGUCCUGCGUACGACGCUGCUCUCUACCAGCUGCUGGAGGAGCUGCUGUGUAAGCUGGAGAAGCUGUUUCCCAUCCCGGACCUCAGACAGACGGCAGCCUGGAUGGGCUCUUCCUACCGGAUGCUGGAGGCCUGGGUUCCGGCGACAUCUGAGGAGCUGUGCUUCGUGGUCCGGCACUACAGGGAUUCGGGUCUUCUGAAAGUGCCUCCAGAGUCGGGAUGUGGAGGAGGAGUCCGGCCCAGGGGCGUCUCUCCAGAAGGUCCGUCGUCUGCCGGCAGCAGCUGCAUCAUGUCUGCUCUGUCCAUCCCUCCAUCCCACAAACCCCAUGCCUCGAUCGGACUGGACUCUGUCCAGAGCUACAGCGGAGUCAUCUACCCGGUGGCCAUGGUGGAGGGCGAGCAGUUUGACAUCGUCACCGUCUACACCGAGGUGGAGGUUGGAGCUUCAGGAGCGGAGGAAGCAGGAACACCGCCAGCAGCUGAGACCUAUGAGGAGGCGGCGACCGAGGAGACCACCCGGGCCGAGAGCGAAGCUGUGGACGUGAGCCGAGCGGUGGAGACCUUGUCUAAAGCCUUCGCUCUCACCAAGGAGACCUUCUACCCUGUGAGUGAGAAGAAACCCAGCAGCGAGACUGAACAUGAGAAGACCGAUGGACCAGAAGAGGCUGAGGAGCGUGAGGCGAGAGACCACGAGGACUCUCCUCAGCAGCUCACCACCUGCACUCCAGCGUCCUCAGAGAGCAUCGCCGGACCUAUGACCACGUUCACACCCAGCAGGUCUGAGGAGGAGUUCACGCUCAGGAGCCGUGGCGCAGACGCCUCUCUCACGAACAACAGCGCGGAGGAGGCUUCAGUCAUCGCCGUCAAACCAAGCGAGACAGAUGAAGCGACUGACGUCAUCUUCACCUGCUCGCAGUGUCCGUUCCACCCCGCCGACCACAACAGUCCUCCUCACUUCCACAUGAAGAGCGUCCCCACUGAGCAGUACAGGGAUCUGCAGGGGGAGAAAUUCACGCCGACCCCGUCCAGCACUGACCAGAUCUUCACCUCCAUCACUCUGGUCCCCAAAGGACUGAGGGGGGAGGGGCCAGUCGCCGAAAGUCAGAGCAGACAGAAGUCGCUGACGUGCGAGACGUGUGGCCGCACGUUCACGCGCAGUUCUGACGUGAAGCGGCACCAGCUGACGCACACGGGGGAGCGGCCCUUCUGCUGCUCGCAGUGUGACCGGACCUUCCAGCACUCCUGGGACCUGGCCAAGCACGAGCGGAGGCACCACCACGCGUCCGUCUCCUUCAGCUGCCAGGUGUGUGGGAGGCUGUUCCUCAACCUGCGAGCCUUGACGGUUCACCACAAGAAGGCCCACUCCGGGGCGACCCGGCUGGCUCACAUCUGCUCCAUCUGCAGUCAGAGCUUCGGCUCGGCCUCGGAGCUGCUGGAGCACCGGCGGUCCCACGUGGCCACCAAGCAGUACGUGUGCCAGCUGUGCGGCGAAGCCUUCGACUCGCUGCUGGCUCGCUCCCAGCACCGGCAGGCGCACCACGUCAAGUCGCUGCACCAGUGUCCACACUGCGACAAGACGUACACGCGCAGGUCGGACGUGAAGCGGCACCUGAGCAGCCACACGGGCGAGCGGCCGUACCGCUGCACCCAGUGUAGCAAGAGCUUCUCGCUGCGCUUCAUGCUGCUGAAGCACCUCCACAUACACACGGGAGAGAGACCCUUCCAGUGCUCCCACUGCCCCAAGAGGUUCACUCUGGCAUCGGUUCUGACCCGACACGAGAGGAUGCACACAGGAGAGAAACCUUUCCUCUGCUCUCAGUGUGGCAAGAGCUUUCUGACGCAGGGCGAGCUCUCCAAACACUACAGGUCUCACGUGGAGGACAGACCCUUCCCCUGUUCUCUGUGCGACAAGCGCUUCAAGAGCAAGAAGACCCAGCAGGAGCACGUGGCCUCCCACAGCGGGGCGCGGCCAUACCCCUGCAGCCACUGCGGGAAGUGCUUCUCCAAGCCUUACGCGCUGGUCAGGCACAACCUCAUCCACACGGGCGAGCGGCCGUUCCCCUGCGGCCACUGCCACAAGACCUUCCUGACGCUGAGCGAGGCCCAGCUGCACCAGCGCGUCCACACCGGGGAGAGACCGUACCGCUGCUCCUCCUGUGAGCUCCAGUUCAAGAGCUCGUCGGAGCUGGCCCGACACAAGCGCGUCCACUCGGGGCUGAAGCCGGCAAAGCUGCUGUGUGAGAAGUGCCGGCAGACGUUUCCUUCCAGGGUCAAGCUGAGGAGACACGUGGAGCAGUGCGAGGGCUCAGGCAUGGCACCGCACUCACUCGCCUCCAAACCCAGUUAA